AUGGCAGCUACACCAUCAGGACUCCGGUGGCGCAGCCAUCCAAGCUUCAUCCUGUCCACCGUCGGCAUCGGUAUCUUCACCGACCUAUUCCUCUACUCGCUCAUCGUGCCCAUCCUGCCUUUCAUGCUGCACGAUCGCCUCCACCUCCCCCGGUCGGUCGUCCAGCAACACGUUUCAGGCCUGCUCUCAGCCUACGCCGCCGCAAUGCUGUUCGCCGCCCCCAUCACCGGUAUCGUCGCCGAUCGACUGCAGAUGCGCCAGGCGCCAUACCUGGCGGGCCUGCUAACGCUGUGUGCGGCUACGGCAUUACUUUAUUCAAGCACGAUGCUCCCCGUGAUGUAUGCGGCGCGGGCGUUGCAGGGCGUGAGUGCGGCGAUUGUAUGGACGGUGGGCAUUGCGUUGUGUGUUGAUACUGUGGGGUUGUCGAAUUUGGGCAAGACGCUGGGUACGAUGUCGUCCGCUACGUUGGCUGGGGUUGCGUUGGCGCCGAUUGUGGGUGGGGCCCUGUACCAGUGCACCGGGGUUCUGGGGCCAGUGGUUCUGUCGAUGUCCUUGAUUGCCGUGGAUCUCCUGAUGCGGCUGCUGGUGCUCGAGAAGACUGUUGCUGCGACCUUUGAGCAGGCUGUCGACGAGGCUUGUGAUACUGAUGGAGCUUUAGAUGAGUCUAGCCCAGCUCGGACAGCGGUGAACGCUCAAGCCACCGCUGAAGACCAGUCACAGCGUGUCGAUGAUGAAAGCCAGCCCCUCCUCCAGAACAACGAGUACAAACUAGCCACCAGCAAACCCUCAUGGAUCGUCCGCCUCAUGCCGAUCCUGCCUUGUCUGGGCAACUCCCGCCUGCUCAUGGCCUUACUACUUACCACUACGCAAUCCAUGAUCCUCGGCGCCUUCGAAGCCACCAUCCCAAUUCACUCAGCCGCGCUCUUUGGCUUCGAGUCCUUUAAAGCUGGGCUCGUGAUGAUGUCUGUCGCCAUCCCUUCCGUCGUCUGCGGGCCUCUGCUCGGCUAUGCCGUCGACAAAUACGGACCGAAGCUCGUGGCAACUUCAACACUUGUGCUCCAAGCCUGCAUGCUCAUGCUACUGCGCCUGCCACGCGCCGGUGGCGCUGAUCAGAUUGCCUUGUACGCCAUCACCACAGCGCUGUGCAGCAUCAGCAUAUCAGGCUGCAGCUCCGCUUCGGCCGUCGAGUCGGGCCUGGUGGUGAAUGCGUUCCAUAAGGCGAAUCCCACGCAUUUUGGUGCUCUGGGUCCGUAUGCGCAGCUGUACGCGUUGAAUUCCAUGGCGUACACGCUGGGUCUCGGAAUUGGACCGGAGAUCACAGGCCAGUUGCAGCCGGUCAUGGGGUUUGGAAAUACUUUCAUUGUGCUGGCGGUCGUGUCGGCCUUGACUGGUGUUUUGACGGUGCUGUACGUGGGAGAGAGCUCAAACAAGCCCAUCGUGGAAGGCUAA